GUGAAAGAUGCAGUUCAAAUCGUUGUUCUUCCUUGUUCUCAUGGUUCUCGCAUUUGCGGCCGCGAGAAAAUUAAGAAAUAAGGAGUGCAAGCUAUUUUGCGAGACAUAUCCAACACUUUAUGAAACCGGGGAAGAAUGCAAAGAAGAAUGCAGGACAUUCGACACAUCUAUGUUUGGUGUUGAAGAUAAUUAUGAAAUAGUCGAAUUUCAAUGACGUUUCGGUUUUGAAGAUGAAUAAAUGCUGC